CUGCCUUCAUUGCUCAUUUACUGCCAGCUGGAUGUUCUUUUAAAAGAUUAAUUUUUAAUCUUAAAUGUCUGUUUUGCCCAUGAACUGUCAGAGUGACCUGCUCUUUGCUGCUGCAUCUGGCUGUGGGGCAGGCUUUGAGUGGCUGCCUCUAGACACGCUUUUCCUUGUGUAUUGGAAGACAUUGGACUCAGUUUGUUGUCAUCUGUGUUCUGUGCACUUGGAACCAGGAAAGGAGACGAAACCGCAGAAAUGCCCUCGGUGUGCUUGGCGGACUUUGAGGUGCGGGCACGAGAGCAGCUCUCUAAGACAACUUGGGAUUUUAUUGAUGGAGGAGCUGACGAAGGCAUCACCCGAGAUGACAACAUUGCAGCGUUUAAAAAAAUCCGCCUCCGUCCCCGAUACCUGAGAGACGUGUCAGAGGUGGACACCAGGACCACAAUCCUAGGGGAGAAGGUCAGUGCCCCCAUCGGCAUCUCACCCACUGGAUUCCACACCAUUGCCUGCCCUGAUGGGGAAAUGAGCACAGCAAGAGCCGCCCAAGCAGCUGGUGUCUGCUAUAUCACCAGCACAUUUGCCAGCUGUAGCUUUGAAGAUAUUGUUGCUGCUGCCCCAGGAGGCCUCCGGUGGUUCCAGCUCUAUGUGCAACCAGACCAGCAGCUGAACAAACAGCUGGUCCAGAGGGUGGAGUCCUUAGGUUUCAAAGCUUUGGUAGUCACUGUGGACACACCUGUAGUUGGAAACAGGCGACAUGACUUUCGAAACCGAUUAGACUUGAAGAAGAACUUGAUGCUAACAGAUCUUCGAUCACCUAGAGAGAGAAAUUCAAUACCUUCUCUCCAGACCUCGGCCCCUAGCCCACAUUUCAGCUGGAAUGGUCUCUCCUGGUUUCAGAGCCUAACCCGCUUGCCCAUCAUCCUUAAAGGGAUCCUGACAAAGGAGGACGCAGAGUUGGCUGUCAAGCACAAUGUCCAAGGCAUCAUUGUUUCCAACCAUGGUGGGAGGCAGCUUGAUGAGGUUCCCUCUUCGUCACUUUCACGCACCCAGCACCUUUCACACACCCUGGUAAUUGGCAGAGGGGAGAAUGUAAAGAGUGCAGAGCAGACCUGGAGGCAUCCCAACCACUGGGACCAGAUAGAUGCUUUGACAGAAGUGGUGACUGCUGUAAAUGGGAAACUUGAAGUGUACCUGGACGGUGGGGUCCGAACUGGCAAUGACGUGCUGAAGGCUCUGGCCCUGGGUGCGAAGUGCGUCUUUCUUGGGAGACCAAUCCUAUGGGGUCUUGCCUGCAAGCAGGGUGAACAUGGUGUUAGAGAAGUUUUGAACAUUUUAAAAAAUGAAUUCCACACUUCCAUGACCCUUACAGGAUGCCGGUCAAUUGCUGAGAUCAAUCCGAACCUGAUCCAGUUCUCUAGGUUGUAAGGAAAAAGAGCUCACAACCAGACUGCUGGGCUUGCAAACAGGAGGAACACAAACUCACAGCGGAUGUGCGCUAUUGUCCUGCCUGGACCCAUCCCAUCCCACGCCUCGCACCCUGCACCCGCAAUCCCUUCACCCCUAUACUUCAGUCCUUUCAAACCCAUCUUCAAAUACCUUUAGUCUUCUUUGCUUCACUGACUUUUUAUGUUGUUCUCUUGCCUAAAAUCCUCCCCUGAAAUAAAAGAUCUCAGAAGGGCAGAACAGCAAUGAAUGAAACAACUAGUGGGUUGUAUUUUUUGCCUACCCUUUGUAUCUCUGUGAGAUGAUUAUGGAACUUUGCUCUCUGAACAGAAAAGCUAUGUAUAUUAAAACAUUCUCCCCCCCAAAACCACAAUCUCUAUCUAUUGCAGCACA